UGACGCCAGAGGCUGCGGGAACAAACAAAGAGCCAGGCGUGUAGAAAUGUAACAUCGACUCAGCGUUUUAUUUACUAAAAGCUUGGACUUUCGUAACAAAUACAGAAUUAUAUAUUCGUUUACAGUUACAUAGGUAUGAUUUUGCAUAUAUGAUGCCAAAUGCUGAGAUCGUACAGUCGUUUUUAUCGAGUGUCAGCUUUUAUUUUGAAAUCUGAUCAUUUCUCUUAGUUCUCUGAUGAUUUUCUUCUGAAUCUGUCAAAAGAGACACGGCGAUCCACGAAGCGUCUGGGCUCCUUAUUCAAGCCGACUUAGAUUUUUCUGUUUUAUAGAUGGAGGAUCAGGAUUCCUGAAGGGUUUUUUUUUUCAGAGAGAGCUCCCCCAGCAUGUCGGCCGAGGAGGAGGAGAGGGGGGUAGUUCGAGUCAAAGUCAAGAAAUGUGAAGGAUUGGAACCAGUGGAAUUCCGCUCCUUUGCUGUUGAUCCACAGAUCACAUCACUGGAGGUGCUGCAGCACAUCCUGAUACGAGCCUUUGAGCUCAAUGGAAGGCGUAAUUUUGGUAUUAGCUACCUGUCCCGGGAUCGCAUGGGUGCAGAAGUCUAUCUCUCGCUCCUGUCUGAUUGGGAUUUAGAUGCAGCGUUUGUCAGUGCAGCUAAGCCUUACCUCCAGCUUAAGAUGGACAUUAAGCCUUCAGAAGAGAGUCCAGUGCUAGAGGACUGGGACAUCAUAAGUCCUAAGGAUGUGAUUGGCUCAGAUCAACUGCAGGGGGAGAAGAGGUCCCUGACGUCCACGGCUCUUCCCUUUACCCAGUCCCUGCUGUCCCAGAUGGGUCGGACGUUGUCUAAGGUGCAGCAGGCAUUAAGCUGGUCAUACGGGGAGGAGGUCAAGCCAUUCAAGCCCCCACUGAGUGAUGCAGAAUUUCACAGUUACUUGAACAACCAGGGUCAGCUGACGCGGCCAGAGGAACUACGGCUCCGCAUUUAUCAUGGGGGGGUUGAGCCAUCCCUCCGCAAGGUAGUGUGGCGUUACCUUUUAAAUGUGUACCCAGAUGGCCUGACGGGGCAGGAAAGGAUGGACUACAUGAAGAGGAAAACAAGAGAAUAUGACCAGCUCAAAAGUGAGUGGAAAUCCAGGGUGAGCUCAGAGGAUCUGGAGUUCAUUAGAGGAAAUGUUUUAAAGGAUGUGCUUAGAACGGACCGAGCCCAUCCGUACUAUGCCGGCUCGGAGGACAGUCCUCACUUGACCGCUUUGACUGAUCUCCUUACCACUUUUGCCAUCACGCAUCCGCAGGUGUCUUAUUGUCAAGGUAUGAGUGAUAUUGCCUCUCCGAUCCUUGCUGUCAUGGACAAUGAAGCGCACGCCUUUAUUUGUUUUUGUGGUAUCAUGAAGCGCUUAGAAGGCAACUUCCGCCCUGACGGCCAACUAAUGUCUAUUAAGUUCCAGCACCUUAAGUUACUCUUGCAAUACUCAGAUCCUGAAUUUUAUACCUAUCUGGUCUCCAAAGGUGCUGACGACCUCUUUUUUUGUUACCGCUGGCUGCUUCUCGAACUAAAGCGCGAGUUUGCUUUUGACGAUGCACUGAGGAUGUUAGAGGUGACGUGGAGCUCUCUGCCUCCAGACCCACCUGAGACCGAGGUUGAGCUGCUUGGGCUACCGCUUGAAGAAGGCGAGUCCCCUAGUCGUGAGGGCAGCUGCCCAAAGUUGGAGAAUGAAAACCUGGAGAGAGAGCAGACAGAGCAGCGGCGGCGACACAUGUUAAGGCCGUCCAGAGAAGAGGCAGACGGGGGACACAGUCUCAGCUUGGAGGCAGAGAGAAAGGAAGAGAAGCCAUCGGAUGAAGUGGACAAAGGAAUUUAUGGUAUGGAUUGUGCAGUGAACACUGAAGGCCCCCCACCAGCACCUCCUUUUGAGAAGCAGUCCAGUUUUGGAGAAUUUAAGUACUACAGUGCACGAAAUGAGGAUAGUUUUGAAGCUAACGAAAUUGAAACAUCAGAUCCCACAUUAUCUUUGGAAAAGUUUCAGGCCACGCAUUCAUUACCUCUUACAGUCCGUCAGUCCACAGAAGACAGUGAGGAUGAUCCUGGAGAGAGGCAGCCUUUAAUAAGUGGAAAUGAGAAACCUUCAUCUCCUCAGACAGAGGAGAAAAAUGGACAAACAGUUUCUCCCUUUCCUCCAAGUAUACUGAACUGGAAAAAUGUCCCUCAGUUCUCUGCAACAUCUCCUUCAAUGUCCAGCUGGAGAGCACUGUAUCCAGAUGUUCCAGGGUCGAAGCCAGUCUCAUCUUCAUUUAUUGUGAGCAGUGCUGCAUCUCCUGAUAAGGCUUUGGGGAGAUUUGUGUCUUCAGCUGCUGUGUCUAAUGGAACUGGAAUGCACUCACCAUCAACCCCCACUGGAAAGUCUGCACUUUCCUCUCCAUCCCUGGGCAACAAUCGCUCACUGCUGUCUUCACCGAUUUUAUCCUUUGCUAAAUCUCCAUCACUACCCAAACCAUUCUCCAGCAACCUUUCAUCCCCAUGCAAACUUCCAGGAACUGGUGCAAACACUCCAACUACAGGCAAACCUGACGUUAGCAGUAUUAAACCCUGUUCCCUUCCUCCUCCUCAAGAGUUUGGCAAGGGCAAUCCUUUCAUGCUGUUCUUGUGCCUCUCCAUCCUGUUGGAGCAUCGUGACCACAUUAUUAAAAAUAGUUUGGAUUAUAACGAGCUGGCCAUGCAUUUUGAUCGCUUGGUCCGCAAGCACAACCUUGGUCGUAUUCUUCAGCGUGCCAAGGCCCUGUUUGCUGAUUACCUGCAGAGUGAGGUGUGGGACUCUGAGGAAGGUGAUGAGGUCAGCUUGGACUCACCAACCACAGCUGCGUCCUCACCACAAACACUCCCCAAAACCAGUUUUUCUAACCUGCAGUCCACAACGACGUCCUCCCCAAACUCUACCUAUAAUCUGGCCUCUACGAUACCUUCCCCUACAUCACCCAAUGAGCUCUCUCCCUCAUCUUCCUGAUGAUUUUUAUCUGAACACAUUUCAUUUCAAUUCAUAAUCUAUUCCAGUGUUAAUGACAAGCUUUACUGGUUUUGUUUACGUGGUGAACCAAAGCAGGACAAGAGCUUUGUGUCUUAAUCAUUCUGCUGGUAUUAGAUUUAUUUAUUUUAUUUUUUUGCAUAGGAUGCUUAUUUUUCCUGAGAGAUUUUCUUUGCAAAACUUUUGCAUGCCACUUAUUGUACUGUAUGUUACUUCUUGCACUUUAUCCUUUAUCCAAUUUUUGCUUUAACAAUGUAAAUAAAACUCCAGAAAAGACCAGCAUGAACGUUUGACAGAAAUGCUGGACUGAGACUUAAAAACCUAUAGACCAUUGAUAAUCUUCGCUGUUGCAUCCAUUAAUUCAAGUUCCAUUUGAUUUUCUUUUUUCUUUUAAUAAUUCAUAAUGUUUUCUUUGCCGCUAACUCUCUCCAGUUUUCAUCAACUCACAAUAAACUGGUCUGGCUAAAAUGAUUUACUGGAUGUAAAUUAUUAAGAAUAUUUUACAUAUGAUGUAAAUUUCUUCCAUACAGCAAGACCGCUGGUAGGUGUCUCAACAGAAGACUAAUUUAUUAAUCAUCACUAUUGACCUAAAUGUACAGCUAAAGUAGUAAUAUUAUCCAAAAAUGUCUGAUGAACCUGUUUUGCCCACUCUUGUUUAAAAGUGCCUCAUUUCCUUGGAACUUUUUUUUUUGCAUAUAAAAAGUCUUUAAAUUCCUGUUAAAAUUGCAGGUUUUUUAAGUAAACAACAACAUAAGUAAUUUUAGAUUGUUCCCUACAUUUAAUGUAAUAUAGUUAGUAACAGAGUUACUAAUAACAAUACAGUGGUCAGUGUUUUGAGUAAGACUGUACAAAGUUAUCAUUUGUCCCUUUGAUUUCUGUCUUCUUUACAAAAAUGCUUAUAAACUGUCUGAUUUUGAGAGGAUCUGCUCUGCAUCACCUUCCCUCUUUAAGACGUUACACAAGUUUUAAAAACGGGUUAGGUCUUUAGCUGUCUUAUGCAGGCCUGCAAGGAUUAGCACUUAGAGGAAAUCAUGAUAGCUCCUUCUUGGGUAGAACCCCAGCCUCAGCUGAAGAAGCAGCCCCAUAGCAUGAUGCUGCUACUAAUGUGCUUCUCAUCAGAAGUUGAAUUCUUUAGUUAUAGUUUUGUACAGCCAGUAUCUUUUAACAUUAUGCCCCAGAAUGUGCCCCCUUUUCCUCCUCUGGCUGAUGCCAUGGUGCAUCUAAGGUAGCGCCCGGUCCUGGAUGCCCUUUUGCCCAGCACACUUCAGUGUUUUUUCAGCUCCCAGCAUACCUGAUUUAACUGCUCAAUUAAGGUGGGAAAGCAUAAAGCGCAGUAUGUGCAGGACAAGGGGUCUUCCAGAACCAGGAUUGGGCAACACUGAUUUAAUAUAUAUAUAUUUUUUAUCUAGUGAACUAUUUUGACAAACGAGAUAAUGUACCUGCUCUUUUCUGCUCCUUGCAGACCACAGCUUCAGCAGUUAGAUGAAACCAAUAAAAUCUUAAGGAGAUUCUACAAAAAUGCAUGAUGUUUAUUUGGGGUUGAUUAGAAUCACUUGAUUGAUGACAGCUGUAUAAAGUAUAAAGUUUUGGCUAGUUGUAGUUUUUAACUUUUGAACACGUGUUUGGAUAUAAUUGGUUAAUUCUGAGCAUUGUCAUAUGCCACAUUAUAAAGGGUGUGUAGGUACAUAUAUGAAACCAGGUUAUUUGUUACUUUUUUCCUGUAUAACCUAUUUUAAACUCUUUUUUUUUUUUUAUUCCCAAACCUGCCAUUUUAACAGAUAUAUGUAAAAUGAUUACAACUUUACCAAAAGCAGUAAAAGUAAGUACAUUAGUCAUAUGUUAUCAUUCCUCCUGCAGAAUUUGGGAUUUUCACACGUCUUAACACCAAGUGUUCUUUUCUUCUCAUUUCUUCUUAGGAGUGCUAAAAUCCUUUAUUAACAUGGGCCAAAGGAAUUUUAUUUGAAAUGCAAUCAUUGUGGGCCUUCUGUGUUUUCUUUAAAAUCUUUAUUGAACGUUAAAUUAUUCUCAUUGAGAGGUUUGCUGAACACAACACUAGCAAUACCUGUAUUUAUACAAUAAAUUCAUCCAAGACCAA